AGAAGAUCUUCCAUCCAUCCUCUUUUCGUUUUUCUCUUUUAAUAAAAUAACAAUAAUUUUUUAUAUGAAGAAAUGAAAUGGCAAUGGAUGCGAGAAGGCCAUCUUCUCCACCGCAGAAACCCAUCCAAUCUCCAUCUCCAGAAUCCUUACGCAUCCAUUUCAUCACCUCGAGAUGAAAGAAGCCAAACCCAACUGGAUUUCAUUUCGAAUUGCUGCUCUGGCAUCGGGCUUUCGGUUAUUUCGAGGUGUUCUUCCUUAUGGGAAAAGAAAGUUGAAAUCUCUGCACAAGCUUCCCUGCAACAUCUUCUCAAGAAGCUCCUCCAUUUGUCGCCAGGGACAAUACGUCGUUUCUGGCGGGUUUCAGCACUCAAACCUGAGGAUGUCCUCGUAAUUUUACUGGAUUGUCCAUUCGAUCAUGGUAACUCCAAAAAGGUGGGACUUUUAUGGGAAUUGUUCAAUUGGGCUGCUGACCAAAGGAGGGAGUUUACACACCUCCCUCAGUCAUGCAAAAUCAUGGUUUCUAUGCUUACACGAGCAGGAUUGCUUACAGAAGCUGACCACUUGCUUCGGACAAUGGAAGAUCGGGGGGUUUUGUCAGGUUGUCCUGAAUCUUAUUGUGAGAUUAUUGAAAAGUAUGUCAAGGCCUAUGAGUUAGAAAUUUCAAUGGGAUUGUACAAACGGGCGAUGGAUCGAGGUCUAGUCCUGUCCAAAUCAUGUUACCAAGCUCUCCUUGAUCUUUCGAUCAGAAUGAACAAAACCCAAUUAGCAUCAAGACUCUAUACAGAUAUGACAGUGGCUGGAUAUGGAUCAAGUUCAGGAAUGCCUGCUUUUGAGUUUGUUAUUGGAAUCCUGUGCAAGGAUCAAAAGAUUCAAGAAGCCAGAAAUCUUCUUAAGCAAGUGAUGGGCUUUGGUAUUGAGCCUAGCUGUGCUGUUCUUAACAAGAUCGCUGAUGGAUAUUGUGAGAAAAUGGAUUAUGACGAUCUGUUGAAUUUCUUAAUUGAAUGGAAAUAUGCACCCGAUGCUCAUUGCUGCAAUAAGAUAAUAUCUUCUCAAUGUAGGAAUUUGGGUGCAGAGUAUGCAUGUUUAUUUCUAAAUAAAUUGGAGGCUUUAGGCUUUGUGCCAGAUGAUGUAACCUUUGGAAUCCUUAUAAGUUGGAGUUGCAGAGAAGGGAAGCUGAAAGAUGCCUUUAUUUAUCUGUCUGAACUUCUGGGUAGACGCCUAGAACCCAACAUUCAUGCUUAUAAUGCUCUUAUCAGUGCAAUGUUUAAGGAGGGCUUGGGAAAACAUGCAAAAGAUGUUUUCUAUGAUAUGGUUGGGAGAGGGAUAUCAGCUGAUCUGUCGACGUUUAGAGUUCUGUUAGCAGGCUACUGUAAAGAUAGAAAAUUUGACGAAGUGAAGCUGGUCAUGGGAGAGAUGGUGAGAUGUGGUCAUGUCUCAUUAUCUCCUUUGGAGGGUGUGCUUUCCAAGGCCUUUAUGGUCUUGGGCAUCGACCCUUUGCGAGUGAAGGUGAAGAGGGAUAAUGAUGUGGGGCAUCCAAGGGCAGAGUUUUUCGAUACCCUUGGCAAUGGGCUCUAUUUAGAAACGGAUAUCGAAGAGUUUGAGAGGACCAUGACAGCGAUUCUGUAUGAUGCCUUGAGUCCCAACUUAGAUCAUGUUGUAGUUAAGGCAUGCCACGAUGGGGAUAUAGAAAUGGCUAUGAGGACAAAAAACGAAAUGGUUCAGUGGGGUCAGAAGCUCUCCUUGUCUGCCUACACCAAAUUAUUGAAAAGGCUCUGUGCAUCACAUGUUCACAUUGAUGUAGCUGUUGAUGUUUUAGAGGAAACAAUGGAAUGGUGCAAUCAGCUGGACCAAGCAACUCUGAAUUUGCUCAUCCAAGCUAUCAGCAAGAAGGAAAUGAUCUACAAGGCAAAGCUGAUUCUGGCCGGGAUGCUCCAAAGGGAUCUGCCUGUUGAGAGCGGGACUUAUAUGGCUCUCAUCAUGGGCUUUUGCAAGGAAGGGAACAUGAAUGAACUUCAGGAAUGCUGGGAGCUAGCAAAAAAGCAUGAGUGGUUACCUGGGCCCAAGGAAUGCAGGCCUCUUGUCAGCUGUCUAUGCAAAAGAGGAAUGCUUAAGAGAGUAUUAGAGCUUUUUGAAACGAUGGUGGAGAGCUUCCCUUACUUGAUUUCUAAUAUCUGUGAUGUAUUUCUCAAAGAGCUUUGUGUUGCGGGCUUUACAAGCAUUGGACAUACUUUGGUGGAAGAGGUUCUUGAGAGGCGUCUGCCCUUGGAUCAUGCAGCUUAUUACCAUCUUAUAAGAGGGUUCUGCAAGGAAAAGAAGUUUUCCGAGGCCCUUGGAAUACUUGAUAUUAUACUAGAGAAGAACAUGGCCCCAUGUGUAAAUGAAUAUAAGCUAUUAAUCCCUCAGUUAUGUAGGUCGAACAGAUUGGACAAAGCCAUGUCUUUAAAGGAGGUCAUGUUGAGUGAGCAAUCGGCAGGUUCUACUUUUUUCUAUAAUGGUCAAAUGAAUGGAUUGUGUAAGACAGGGAAGGUCAGUGAGGUGGCUCUUGAACUCCAGAAGAUGAUGGUGAAGGGGGUCUGCUUAGACAAUGACACCUUUAACAUUAUGCUUUGCGGGUAUUGUCAAGAAAACAACUUUCGCAGUGUGUGGGAGUUACUAGGUGUCUUGUUAAGAAAGAAUGCCAGCAUCACCAUCUAUGGUUACCGGGACCUGGUGCGCAUGAUGUGCAUGCAAGGUAGGGUGCAUAACGCUUUGAGCCUAAAAGAUGUUAUACUGAGAGAAGAUGAAUACCCAUACCUUGUCAUAUAUAACAUUAUGAUAUUUUAUCUUUUUCAAAUGGGUAGGAGCUUGCUUGUGACAGAACUUUUAGGUGAAAUGCACAAGAGGGGCUUGAUUCUUGAUCAAGUUACUUAUAAUUUCCUCACAUGUGGCUAUUUUAAGUGCAAAGAUGUGCCUAAAUCAGUGGAGAUGCUGAAAAAUAUGAUUGGUAAGAAUCUGAGACCGAGCAGUCGUAGCUUCAGAAUUGUGAUUGGUCAUCUCUGUGGUCAUGGCGGACUUGAGAAAGCAUUGCAGUUGAGUAGAAUGAUGGAACUUAGAGGCUGGGUGCAUGGUUCAGUUGUUCAAACCAUGCUUGUUGUAGGUCUUCUUUCAUAUGGAAGGCUUCAGGAAGCAGAACUCUUUUUGAGCCGAAUGGAAGCAAAAGGCUUGAUUCCUGAUAACGUUGACUACAAUGUUCUGAUUAAACGGUUUUGUGGGUAUGGCAGACUGAACAAGGCAGUCGAUCUACUGAAUGUGAUGUUAAUGAAAGGAAGCCUCCCAAGUGAAAUCAGUUACAACGCGGUGGUACAUGGGUUCUGUAUCUGCAAAGCAUUUGAUCAAGCUCUUGUAUUCCAUACAGAAAUGUUGCACAACAACCUUGUACCGAGCGUUGGGUCAUGCGAAGCACUUGUCCAUGGGCUUUGUGCUGAUGGAAAAGCUGGCGAAGCAGAAAGGCUUUUGGACAUCAUGCACCUAUCAGGUCAGACUCCAACGAGGGACAUGUAUCGGUCAGUGAUCAACAGGUACUGCUCGGAUAACAAUAUACGCAAGGCAUCAGAACUUUUGCAUCAAAUGCAGCAAAAUGGGCACGUGCCUGAUUUCAGGACUCACUGGUCACUCAUAAGCAAUUUAAGCAAUGCUGGCGACAAGGACAAUGGUAACGGAAAGGGUUUUCUGUCUCAGCUUCUUUCUCAAAGCGGUUUUCCUUCAAAACACCCAAAGGUCAAAGGUGGUAAGCCAACACUUUAAGCUGUACAUUUUUUUUUUUUUUCAAGUUUAUACUUUUGUGAAGAUGCAUACAUUGAGCUAUUCUGGAUUCUCUUGCAUCCUUUCUUCCUGAGACCAGCGUCAUAGGAUCCUCCAAUUCAAGGAAAUAGUAAGAGUUUCUUCAAAGAAGCAUGCUGACUUGAGCAACACAAUCAACUGCCCUUUAACUUCUAUUCUGAUUGGAGGCUCAUGCAUGCACCAGUCUCUUGACCCUGAUUCUACCAAAAAGAUUCUGUUUGAAAUCACACUAGUGAAUUGGCUUAGCACAAUGUGAGUUGACGAUAGUUUGGAAAAAUUGGAAACUGAAUGGAUUUAUAUGUAGGAUUAUCGUGGAAGGAAAUGGGCAGGGUUAGGGGA